GGACUCUGGGAUCAUGACCUGAGCUGAAGGCAGAUGCUUAACCGAGUGAGUCACCGAGGCGCCCCUGCAAUUUUUUUUCUUGUGACGAGAAUUUUUAAGAUCUCUCUUAGCAACUUUCAACCACACAAUAUGGUAUUAUUUUAAGUGCUAUUUUAAGGCUCAUUCAAAACCUGUACCUUUUUUCUUCUUGAAGACUUCUGUGACCAGUGAUUCUUAUUCUUAAUUGCUUGCUCUACCACUUAUUUGGUACUCCCCACGGACAUUAAUUUUCAUGAAUCUUGUAUUUCUAGCUAGCUGAGGUUAUAGAUUUUAAAAUCUUCACAUUGCUGCAUGAAAAGGAACGUGAUAAAAAUAUAAUUGUAAUAUUUUUAGUUAGUAAGUGUUAAAUUAUCAUUAAAUGUAAUACAAGAAACUGUCUGGUUAGUAAUCUGGUGAAUAGGGAAUAGUCCGAAGGUUGCCUGGGAUGAUGAAUUUUGUGUCCAGCCUGUUUCACCUAAAAGUUAAGAUUACACUCAAGUGUUGGAAGAGGAAAUUAUGCUUUUUCUUAUAUUGCCAUCUUGUGGCCAACUUGGGCUCCAAAUGAUGCUAAUUCAAUUUUGCUAUGUCAGAGGAAGGUUUUCUUUAGUUUAUUGUGAUAAAUUUUUACCAAGAAUAAAGGUUAAAUACAAUCAACAUUGGCUGAAAUAAAAUUGAAACAUGCUUUGAAAAAGUGAACUAUUUUGGAUUACCUUCUCAUUUUUUUAAAAGUAGACUUCACGCCCAAAGUGGGGCUUGAACUCGAAAGCUUGCGAUAGAGUUCAAUGGUCCACUAACUGAGCCAGCCAGGGGCUGCAGAUUAGCUCCCUAUCACAAGGGUUUAGUUACACACCCUGUGGACUUGCAGAGGUUGAAGGAGUAUCCCAUGCCAUUUCUGCCCCACAUUGCUGAAUUUUUUCCAGGGCUGUUAAGCCCUGGUUGCAGCCAGCACCUGGCUCCUUCCUUCUCCAUACCUGUUCUCUUAUUGUGAGACUGUAGAUUUGUAAACUUUCAGAGUUUGGUUAGACUUAUUGUACAGUUUUACCCAAACCUUUAAAUUAAUUAAUUAAUUACGUUUUAAAAAGAUUUUAUUUAUUCAUUUGAGAGCGAGAGCAUGAGCAGGGGUGAAGAGGGCACAGGGAGAAGGAGAAGCAGACUCCCCUCUGAGCAGGGAGCCCAAUGUGGGGCUCAACCCCAGGACCCUGGAAUCACGACCUGAGCCAGAGGCAGAUGCCUAACUGAGCCACCCGGGUGCCACCAAACUUUUACAUUUAUACAAAAAGCUGAGCUUGUGUACGAAGUCCUGCGCUAAUGUGAUACUGAGUUUGGGCAUUUCGUGACCUCAAAUAGAUAUGAUAACCUCUGGAAAGAUGGUACUCCGGUACUUGGUAGACCGUGUACUUCAACUGAUCCCUAGAUAGAAGCUGGUUCACUUGAUGCCAGAGCUAAGUGUAAAAAAAGAAAACUAUUUUUUACUUCAUUUGGAUUUUUAGUCACCUACUAAGUUUUGGGGCCCGGUAUUGUUAGUGGCUAGAAUUUGGUAGCUGGAAAAGCCUUUGUUCUAACCUUGGUUUAACGAUGAGGAGGUGGUGGUGCUUUGCCCUUCUUAGUCAUUUACGGUUUGCCGUGAUGAAAUGCAUGUGAAGUCCGUGUUUCAGCUGAUCACCCUGAUUAAACACAUGCUCUGAGCAGACUAAGGCUAGGGCAAACGCCUGGAGUUGAAUUCGGCUUCUUUGCAUUCUUACUGGGAUCUAGCCCCCAGUCCCAGGUAGUUCUUAAAUCUUUGAAUUAUGGGUCUGACACUACAACACUUUGCUGUGCUUCGAUCUUUUGUGGUAUUUUCCUGAGAUAGGUAGAACCAGGGUCAAGAAUCCUUAAUCUAAAUAUUCAAACCCUACAGAAAAAGCACUGAUAACUGGUAAAAUUCUGUCAACCACUUUACUUGGCAGUUUUAAACUUACCACUAUUUUAUGUAAGAUUGAGAGAAUCCCAGAGUUGUUUAAAUCAGUUUUGUCAAGAUCAUAAAAUGCCACACUAUAUAGUCACUUAUAAGUUAUGAUACAGGCUUAUCUUUCUUGAAAUGGAAGUGUAUUCGUGAUACAUUAAAAGCAAGUUAUAGAGCAGUGUGUGUAAUCCUUUUUAUGCUUAAACAUUUUCAUAUACUUGUGUUUACUUCAGAAAUUAUCUGACGGUAUAUACUCAAAUACCAAGGAUCCUUGUCUCUAGAAUUGGAUUCUAAGGGUGAUCUUGUUAACCUGUAUUUUCUGACUUUACUAUAUUCAUGUAUUGUAUAAUUGAACCUACAUGGAACAGGCUUCUAUUCUUUACCUGUGCCUCCAUGUCUCAGCGGAGAAUGGGGUACAUAUGAGGGAGAAAUACAGGAAAUGCAAAUAAUUCAAAGUCAUAUCAGCCUCCAUGUCUCAGCGGAGAAUGGGGUACAUAUGAGGGAGAAAUACAGGAAAUGCAAAUAAUUCAAAGUCAUAUCAGCACUUGAAAUAGUUUUUAGUUUUGGCUAUGUCUUUUGCAGAACUGAAGUUUUAGGAGAUCAAAACUAGAUCUGAGUCUCAUUUCUUUCCCAGGCUGGAAUUCUUGGGUGCUAUAAGUCCUGGAUAUACAACAGAUGAUGACAACAUUUUUCUUUUAUGGAGCACUCUAGAAAAGAGCCAAUGAAGGGUUUAUCGAUGCCGUGACAGAAGAGGACACAGUGCCACUGAGAAGCAGGAUUCUUUUCAGCAUCUGGAGACUUCACUCUCUGUUAUGUCUUUGUGUGAAGACAUGCUACUUUGUAACUAUCGCAAGUGUCGCCUCAAACUCUCUGGUUAUGCCUGGGUCACUGCCUGCUCUCACAUCUUCUGUGAUCAGCAUGGCAGUGGUGAGUUUAGUCGUUCACCAGCUAUCUGCCCUGCCUGCAAUAGCACUCUUUCUGGAAAGCUAGACAUUGUCCGCACAGAACUCAGUCCAUCAGAGGAAUAUAAAGCCAUGGUAUUGGCAGGACUUCGACCAGAGGUUGUGUUGGACAUUAGCUCCCGUGCACUGGCCUUCUGGACAUACCAGGUACAUCAGGAGCGCCUCUAUCAAGAAUAUAAUUUCAGCAAGGCUGAGGGCCAUCUGAAACAGGUGGAGAAGAUAUAUACUCAGCAAAUACAGAGCAAGGAUGUAGAAUUGACCUCCAUGAAGGGGGAGGUCACCUCCAUGAAGAAAGUGCUAGAAGAAUAUAAGAAAAAGUUCAGUGACAUCUCUGAGAAGCUUAUGGAGCGAAAUCGUCAGUAUCAAAAGCUCCAAGGCCUCUAUGAUAGCCUUAGGCUGCGAAAUAUCACUAUUGCUAACCAAGAAAGUACCCUUGAACCAUCCAUGAUUGCACAAUCUGGUGUUUUUGGCUUUCCAUUAGGGAACAACUCCAAGUAUCCUUUGGACAGUACACCAGUUCGAAAUCGGGGUGGUGGAGAUGGAGAUUUUCACUUCAGACCAUUUUUUGUGGGUUCUCCCACAGCACCUGAACCCAGCAACAGCUUUUUUAGUUUUGCCUCCCCAAGUCGUGAAUUAGAACAGCAGCAAAUCUCUAGCAGGGCUUUUAAAGUAAAAAGAAUUUAGCUCACUUUACAGAAUAUUUCUCUGUUCACUUUCAAUGAUCUCAUUUAGCAAAUAGUCUCUGUUCUACUUAGGAUAGGGGUCACCGUCCUUUGUGUGCUCUUCCAUUUUCAACUUAGGAGAAACUCAGUGUCAGUAGGAGUGGCUUUAGAGUCUGGCUUCUUUUUCUGUUUCCAUUAUUUAAAGCAUAAACAUAUUAAGCUCAAUUUUAUUGUGACUGUUGAGUUUUCACCAGUAGUGAAAAGGUUACAAUAUUACUGCCUGUUUUGUAGAUCAGCAUUUGUCUUCUGUCUUUGUUAUUUCUGACUGAACUAGGUGUUCAUGUAUGUAUAUAUAAGCACGUAUGUUUUAUAUCUACAUGUCACUUUGUGUUCUGGUAUUUAUGCAUAAAUGUAUAUAUGUGUUCCUUUAUAUUGAUAUUUAGCUGUAUUUGCCAGUAUAUUUAUGUGAAGAUUUUGGCUUCAGGAAAUGGCAGGUGAAUCCGUAGCUUGAUUUAUGUAUUUGCCCUUGUAUUACUUUGUUUGGAGAUGUGUUCAUGUUGGUGAAUAAGAAUACAAUUUGAUGCUUGCAUGUUAAGUCUAUAUUUCUAAUUGAAAAUGAUUCACAUUGAUAAAGUUAUUUUGUAAAGUUGAUUUUUUGGCAUUUAUUUUAAAAUGAAAUGACUCUGCCCUUUUGCCAGCAGUGUCUUAUUUAGGAAUGCACUCUUACCACAGCAAACUUAUAAUAUGCUCUUGAUCUCAAGAGAUUAUAUUAAUUAAAAUACUUUUAAAACU